GGCGACAGCAGCGGCCAAGGGGGCGUUGGCCACGAGGGGGUUGCUGAGCGGGCGGAAGAGGAGUCCGCGCGGGCGGCUGGGUCGCAGAGGAACAUCGUUGGGGUCAGUGACUAUCAUCUGUUCUACAAGAUGAGUAACAGCCACCCUCUUCGCCCCUUUACUGCAGUGGGGGAAAUUGAUCAUGUGCACAUUUUGUCUGAACAUAUCGGUGCCUUGUUGAUUGGGGAAGAAUAUGGCGACGUCACAUUUGUUGUGGAAAAGAAACGAUUUCCUGCCCACAGGGUAAUUUUAGCAGCAAGGUGCCAAUAUUUUCGAGCACUACUGUAUGGUGGAAUGCGAGAAUCUCAGCCAGAAGCAGAAAUUCCCCUCGAAGACACCACUGCAGAAGCAUUCACAAUGCUACUUAAGUACAUCUACACUGGGCGGGCAACACUGACAGAUGAGAAGGAGGAGGUGCUACUGGACUUUUUGAGCCUGGCUCAUAAAUAUGGAUUUCCAGAGCUGGAGGAUUCUACCUCUGAGUACCUCUGCACCAUACUUAACAUUCAGAACGUCUGUAUGACUUUUGAUGUUGCCAGUCUCUACUCACUUCCCAAGUUAACUUGUAUGUGCUGCAUGUUUAUGGACAGAAAUGCUCAGGAAGUGCUCUCAAGUGAAGGUUUCCUCUCCCUUUCUAAGACAGCCCUUUUAAACAUCGUAUUAAGAGAUUCAUUUGCAGCUCCCGAAAAAGAUAUUUUCCUAGCCUUGUUGAAUUGGUGUAAGCAUAAUUCAAAGGAGAAUCAUGCUGAAAUCAUGCAGGCUGUGCGCUUACCUCUGAUGAGCCUCACUGAGCUUCUGAAUGUUGUGAGGCCUUCUGGACUGUUGUCUCCUGAUGCCAUUCUGGAUGCUAUUAAAGUUCGAUCAGAGAGCCGGGAUAUGGACUUAAAUUAUAGAGGCAUGCUCAUACCAGAAGAAAACAUUGCAACAAUGAAGUAUGGAGCCCAGGUUGUUAAAGGGGAGCUGAAAUCUGCCUUAUUAGAUGGUGAUACUCAAAAUUAUGAUUUGGAUCAUGGAUUUUCUAGGCACCCAAUUGAUGAUGACUGCCGUUCUGGCAUUGAGAUUAAGCUUGGUCAGCCAUCCAUUAUCAAUCACAUACGGAUCCUCCUGUGGGACCGGGAUAGCCGGUCUUACUCAUACUUCAUUGAAGUGUCAAUGGAUGAACUUGAUUGGAUCAGAGUGAUUGAUCACUCGCAAUAUCUGUGUCGUUCUUGGCAAAAGUUAUAUUUUCCAGCCCGCGUCUGCAGGUAUAUUCGAAUAGUUGGAACUCACAACACAGUGAACAAGAUUUUUCACAUUGUGGCUUUUGAAUGCAUGUUUACAAACAAAACCUUCACUCUCGAGAAGGGGCUGAUAGUUCCCAUGGAGAAUGUUGCAACAAUUGCUGAUUGUGCCAGCGUGAUUGAAGGAGUCAGCCGGAGCCGAAAUGCCUUGCUGAAUGGGGACACCAAGAAUUAUGAUUGGGAUUCUGGCUACACAUGUCAUCAACUGGGAAGUGGAGCAAUUGUGGUUCAACUGGCACAGCCAUACAUGAUUGGGUCAAUACGGUUAUUGCUUUGGGACUGUGAUGAUCGAAGCUAUAGUUACUACAUUGAAGUUUCCACCAACCAGCAGCAGUGGACCAUGGUGGCCGAUAGAACUAAAGUCUCCUGCAAGUCCUGGCAAUCAGUAACUUUUGAAAGACAGCCUGCCUCCUUCAUCCGAAUCGUUGGAACACACAACACAGCAAAUGAGGUGUUCCACUGCGUCCACUUUGAGUGUCCGGAGCAGCAGAGCAGCCAGAAGGAGGACACCGGCGAGGAAGUGGGGCCAGGGGACCCCAGUCCGGCAAGUCAGCAGCUCGACCCCCAUGCCCUGCAGGCCCCCAGCGGCAGCGCCCUGCCCCCCAGCCCCGCCUCCCGCUCCCGCUCCCCCAGCCUGCAGCACCAAUAAAGGAGGCAGAGGUGCGGUGACUCGGGUGCGGCCCGGUGUGGCAAGAGGUGUCCUGCCCGAGGGGGCCGCGUGCCCUCCCCGCUUCCAGGGAGCAGACCUGGCGCAAAAAAAUGGACACAGCGCAGGUUUUCUCCCAAGGACGGAAAGGGGCUGCUUUGUUCUCCUCAAUUUGUUCAAAUCAGGCUGGUCUCCAGGGGGAGAAAACGGGUCUUCAAUCUUCAUCAAGCCCACCGUGACACCCUACCUCUCUAAUCUCAGCCGGGCGGGGGAGCAGCAGGCCCGGGCGGGGUGCGCAGCCGGCGCAGGAGCACCGGCUGGAGGGAGUGGGGUUCGGCCUCUGUCACCCCAAGGCCCCGCAGGAAAUGGGUUGCGUGGUGGUCACGUCCACGCAGCGCAUUGCCCUGGCGACUAAUGGUUUGUAUUUCUUUAGUUAUCCUCCAUUCGCUGAAUCACAGGUGUCCCUGAGCUGUUUGAAGUGCUCGAACAGCAGGUCCCUUGUUUGAAUCCCUUUAGACGCUGUAACUUUCCUUGCCCGGCUUGGAUGGGCUGCGCGCGGGGUGAGCGGGGCUCGCGCGGUGAGGGGCGCACCGCAGCCCCGGGCGCCCCGGCUGCCCAGGAGGCCCCUCGAGGAAGGUCAGGCAAAUACACGAUGAGCAAAUCAGUCCGCGGACGCGAAGCUAGUCAUCCCUCGACUCGCAGUUAUGAACCUGUCAUUCCUGACACCUACCCAGCCUUUAAGCUCGGGAGGCUGACAGGAAAUAGUUACUGUGCUACCCGCGCUUUCGGGGUGCGGGCAGGUGGUGCGGAUCCUCCCAGCUCUGGGAGUUGCGGGGUGUCUCGGGCGCUGCAGGGGGCGCUGGACACCAGACAUGGGGGGGGGAGGCAGCACCGUGUUGCAGUUCGGUGGUCGUAUUGCGCCCCCAGACCACGCUCCUCAAUGGGACUGGGAAAAAGCGGUUUAAGAAGCUUUUCUCCUAAUCCCCAUCAAAGAGAUUUCAUCUGACUGCUGUGGCUCCAUCUGGCUCUGUGGUGUCUCUUGCGCCGUCAUUUCCACGCCAAUGCUGAGCACCCGCUGUGGCUGGACCAGGUGACGGUCGGGUUUAGCUUCCCUCCAGAGUGGCCCUCCGGCUGCUGUUGCAGGCUGGCCCCAGGCGGGCGUCUUGGUGGCCCUUCCAUCCCCGGCGCGGCUGCAGGCUUGGCCUUCCGGGGAGCUUCCUUUCGGGUGUCUCACAGACAUUGCUUGUGGGCGUGGGAAGAGCUGGGGGAUCAAUAACUGUGCUCUCCCAGUUUAGCUCAGCCUUGAGCGAUGUGUCAGUAUGGGGAUGGCAGGGCGGCAUCAAACUGCAGCAUUUAAGGGGAAGAUUGUCCUUCUGCUGAACACAGUUCUGGAAGGAGCAAUCUCCCUACAUGCUCAGCUCUCUGAUCUGUCCACUUCCCCAUUGUGUGGGGUGAGCAGAACCCCUGAGGGGUGCUGACAUUUCCUGAUGGGAGCAAGACUCCUGUAACAAAUGGCAGGGCGGCCUCAUCGAGGCGGGUGGCCACCCUCCGUCAGCAUCCUGCUCCCGGUCGCCAAUUAGUACUGAGAAUUCCCAUCCACUCAGCAGCUCCCUCAGCAGUGCCCUCGCUGUCCGUGGGGGACAGAUGAGCCAGCUGAGUCAGAGCAAGGAUGCAGCGCAGUGUUUUGGAAGUUCCUUGGAUUCGAGGGCUUCUUUUCAAACACUAAACUCCCUUGCCCAGGCUGCUCUGCUGACCUGGGGAAGGGCGGGUGAGCUGGCAAAACACCUGGAAGAGCUGACCCAACCCUGGUUUAGCACCUUCACACACCUGAUGAGGCACAAACAAGCAGCCUGGGCACCCUACCUGCAUCCAUGCCCUCCACCCUCCCUCCCCAUCUGUGAAUUUCUUUUAGUGUUUGUACCUUCCAGCCCACCCCCCCCACACCCCCUUUUCUGCUCACACUUCAGAUGCCCCUUAUUACCAGGUAAAGGGAAGGCGGGGCAGAUGGGGCAGGGCAAACAACACACUCAGCAGUGACAGCUGAGGGCAGGCUUCCCCCCUCCACCCCACCCCAGCCUCUGCAGCUGCCAGCUGUCCUGUCAGGAGGCCUUGCUUGGAUGGAAGUGUGUUUGGACCCCGACAGACAUGGAUGCAGCUGCAGAGCCUGGUCUGGUCUGCCCACUGUGCACCACGUUAGGGGACUCUACCUUCUUGAUUGGCUUUCUGAUUUGGGGAGCAGGCAGGGGUCUGUGGAGGGGCAGGAGACCCCUGUCAGGGUGCAUCACUCCAGACACACUCCCCACAAGUUGUAGCUCUCCAGGGAAUGAGGAUGAUGAGUGGGCAGCCAAGGAAAAGCCCCAGGCCUGGCGGGCCUGCGAGGGACUGCUCUGCUGGGGCCAGCUGGAACAGAAGGGCCAAAAAGUUGGAGACCAGCAGAGCUAAAUGGAGUGCGGGGGGAUAAGACAGGGAGGCAGUGAAAGGAUCCCCAGAUGCCCUUGCAGGCCUCAGUCAGCAGAAGGUGAAGAAGGUUGAUUUCACUGGGGUGUAAAGCAGGACCCUUGGCCUUUCCAUGGGGGUACAGGGGUAGAGGCAAAUGAGGAACCCCAGCUUCCCUACCCCUGUGAAAAUGCAACCUGGGGCAUCGGGUUUGAGGAGAGAUCAGGUAAGACGUGGCCUGUGGCCCUUUACUGUAGUGCUUCUCGAUUUUAAUUGUGGAACACCUUCCUAACCACCCCCCAGGUCAGGAGAUUAAAUGCUGCCAGGCCCCCUGCCCUUCAUUUUAGAUCCGGUUUAUUUGAGAGAGUAAAAGAACAAACUCCUUGGGGCUUUUGCAGAAAGCCUUCAGUCACUUUCUGGCAGCUCCCUAAAAGGCCACUGGGGUACGCUGAGCAUGACACAUGGGGUGCGUGCAUGCCAGCUGGGGAGACAGGGUUGCUGUGGGCACUUUGCACCGGAAGCAGGUGUAACAUAUGACACACACAGGCCCACAGCCACCCUACGUGUAUGUUUCCCCACAUUUUCUUUGGUGCCUCAAGCCCAUGAUGGAUGUGGGGCUCUUCUCAGCUGCUCUUUAAAUUGUCACUUUUUUAAUCAAAUUAAAUGAAGUGUCGAUUCCUGACAAAUACAUUAAAAGUGUUUUAUUCCUAGAAGAGUUGGGAAAAGAAAUUAUUUUCAGCGAGAGUGGGAUGUGUUUGUUAGACUGAUUCCUUGGCAAAAAAAAAAAAAAAAAAAAAGAUGAGUUUCUGAAUUGUGCAAAAAAUUGCUCUGUAGUUAUGCUGGCGCCCCAAUUGUCAAACUGCUGUGCAGACUGCUCCGACAGAGUCAACUUUACCUUUUUUUUUUUUUAAUUUAGAAGAUGACAAAAUUGUAAUCACUUAUCCUUUCUGGAACCCUGGAGGGAAAGAAAGGUACAAUCUGUGCUAAAAAGCCGGGUGCCCCGUGUGGACAGGGCACUUGGUAAUAAACAAGGCGCGCUCCCUAUGGUGCGGUGUGAAGAGCUUCCCUCUGGACAAAGGAGGUGUCAAAAGAGGAAACAAGAUUUAAAGUUCACAUCUUUCAGAAGCUUUUCCUCAUUAGUGUUCGCUUUCGGUGUUAGCAUCUUCAUCCUGCCUUCCGCACGGGUGGCCGGGCCCUGGGAGCCGCGAGGCGCUGGGUGGGCGCGGGCGGGCACGGGCACCAUCCGACUGUGCCCGCAGCCAUCCAUCCGCUGCUCGUCCUGACAGCGCCUCCGGCAGCAGGAGCUCAGCGCUCUCUCAUGGCCCUAGGAAUUUAAAAUGCAGCUCAUGGUUCUGGACCACUGUGGUUUUUAUUAUUAUAAUAUUAAAUUAGAAGUUGUCCUGGUGCCUGGUGUUUGCUCAGUGCUUUUUGUAGAACUUCCGGAAGAGGGAAGUGAGUAGUUUAGGCAGCCUGCCGGCCCACGUGGAAGCCCGCGUUUCUGCUCCUCCAAGCUGACCCUCUUACACCUGACUCCGAGGCCCCACUGGUUUGCAAGGGAAUGAAUGGGAAAGGUGGGGAGACGGGGGCAGGCCAGCCUCGCGUGCUGCAGCCUGAGGUUGCCGGGAGGAGAGAGGAUGUGGUGCUCCAGCUGGUUUCCAUCAGACUGGCUGGAAGGCGGCUCCACCCAGGCAGACAAGGGAGCUACUGGGGUGACCGCCCACUCCCCCACCAUAGCCCUUCAGGCAGGACUUUCUGCUGACAAGUGUGGGUCUGCCUGCCACAUGGCAGGGUGGGAGCGAGUACACAGAGGUGCUUACAUAUUCUCGUGCACACACACAGACACACACGCGAAAAUCGCUGUUCUGCCCUUUUUCAAUUACUUAUUAAAAAGCUAUUAAAGUAAUAAUGCUCAUAGAGUAUGUUCCAGCCUAGCAGAGGGGCUGAGGGAGGCCUGUCUGGCUGAGUCACUCAACCUGGGCUGGUCAUUCACUGCCCCCGGGACCGACUCAUGAGACUCAGGGGGGUGCUCCCUGCCCCCUGCUCCGCACAUCCUCUGGCUGAAGGGACCCUCCCAGCUCAUCGGGUUAGUUUCUUCUUCUUCUUUUUAAAGAAUUAAAGAUUCCCCCAGAGGCCUCAUGGCCUAAAGACUCACAAUCAUCCACCUGUAAUUUAUGAUAAAUGUCUCGCGAAUCUACCAUUUGCAUCCUGCGUAUUUAUAGCUGCGCCUGAACGGGAGGGACAAGAGGAGGGGAGGCAAGGAGGAGGCAGCAGGGCCCACACACCUGUCCCCACUGGCUGUGACUGUGGCUGGGCAGCAGGACGAUGCCAUCUGUGAGAGCCGAGAGCCGGCAGAGGGCGCUGUGUCCCGCCUAGAGGUCGCCGUGUGUCUCAGGCCCAGGCCCCGGCCCUUGUUUCCAUGGAUAUCCAGGACUGUGGCGUGGUGACUGUUACACUCCAUCUCACCAAACAACAUUCCUGCCAUGUGAGCCCCCGGGGGCUGUGUCCCAGGACAGCGAACGUUGGAGUGGACGGGACUGGCUUGUCGAGGUCACCGUGCAGCUCCGCUGGCCUGGGUGCAGGGGGCAGGCUGCUUGUACCCGGAGCUCCUGGGUUACCCUCAGUGCACAUCCUCCAGCUCAGCUUCCACAGCCCGUCCCUUCCAAGAACGGCCCCAGGCAAUGGAGUCAUCCGGCCCAUCAGCGUUCCCCAGAGGGGCAGGGCCUGAUGGUGAGAUUUGAGAAGCCUGGGGAAGAGGAUAUCCGGGAGCUCAGCCACUGGCCGGGGCCAGGCCCUCUCUGGCCUCAGGAACUGAGGAUUGACCAGGCACCACUCCUCCGGGUCUCGAGUCCGGCUCUCCCAGCCUACACUCCCUUCAGUGACCUGAGGGCCAGCGUCCACUCUGAGGGCCAGCCAGAGUCUCCCCGCCAGCACUGAGCUCCGAGACCACCCCACCGCCAGCACCUGGAAAAGCCAGAGGAGAGUGAGUCUCAGGCUCAACCUCAGGAGCCAACACCAGGGUGGGGGCCAACACCUGCGUGACUCUGGCCACAGCUGUGUGUAGCCCAAGUUCACCAGAGAACUUAAAGCUCCUCUGCCUUUGGGACUCUGGGCCUGCAAGGGCUGGUGGGUGGCGAACCCACUCCCCUGUCCAGGUCUCCUGGCCGGAGCAGGCUGGGGCCUGUGCUAGGUCUGGCAGAGCAGCGGCUUCCCUAGGCCGUCUGUGAAGGGCUCCUGGAGCUUCAUUCAAAACUGAGGAAGACCGAAGGUCAGUGCUGCUGUUUGGAAUAUGCAUUAAUUUGUGGGCAGGAUGUGACUUUUCCCUCACUUUGCAGAGCAACCUAAGUGAGCAAACAUACAAUGUGUGUGUGUCCAAAACAUCGCCUAAAUCCAUGUCUGUCAGGCCGAUGCUGUGGGUUUCCUGUGAGAAAUAAAGUCGUGACUUCCUGUGCCUGUCGUUGGCGUCAUUCCUCUCGGCACUGGCCCCUCAGCACCCCCCUGGAUGAAUCCACAGGGGGCUCUGGCCACGGUCAGCCCUACAGCUGCUCACUGUGGGGCUCACUGGUAUGCCACACCUCCCUCCACCAGCCCAGAACGUGGCUGGG